AGUGAGAGAGUGGGUUUUAUAACAGCGGAGAUUGCCACCCAACGGGUAUUUUUUUUUUUUUUUUUGUUUAAUAUUGAUUGCUCUGUCUUGUUAUUAUUAUCCCCUGAUUAUUAUUUCCCCCCUAAUUAUCUUAUCUUAGGCGCCUAUUUGUAUUUUUUCGAAUUUUUUUAAAAAAUAGCCCGUUUGUAACGCCUAAUUUCAAAAUUAUUUUAUUUAUUUAUGCGAAUGUCAGUUUCCCCGUAUAUUAAUUUGAUUUCUGUGUCAGGAUAGUGAAAGCUCCAAUUCGUAUUAAAUAUUUCUCUCUCUUUUUUUUAAUAAUUUUGUUUUUAUGUAUAUGUUUUUUUCUGUAUAUUUUCGGUCAAUGCAUACAGGUUUAAAGGAAUAACGGACGGAAGAGCACAUGUUUCAUUCUUGUUAACGUGCUUGGAAAGACCGAAUUUCACUUUGACCAGAGAUCUUUCUGCGGAAUUAGUAAGAAAAACAAAAACAUUAUUAGCAAGAGCAAAUUUGAAGUUUCUUUCAAAGAACUAACUACGAUUCAAAAAGUAAUAAACUUUACGCAACACCAAGGAGAUGAGACACUUAUUACAAUCUUGAAGAAUACACAUGCGUAUAGUAGUAAAUAUCUUUAAAGCAUUAAACGAAUUCAAUUUCAAACAAACUUUUAAAAAAGAAAAUGCUUGCGUCUGCCGGGAGUCGAACCCGGGUCUAUUGCUUGGAAGGCAAUUAUCCUAACCGUUGGACUACAGACGCUUUUUGUUGAAAUUCGAAAGAAUAAAAAUAUGUUUGAAAGAAGCAAAGCAUAUCGUCCGCGUUGACAAUUGAAAGACAGCACAAAACGACAUCGUUAGAAGUCAUGUACGUUCGUCCGCGUUUUUCUUGUUUGACAAAAUCCCGGAGAAUUGAAUUGGUCAUUCAUUGAGUAGUUUGUAAUAAAUAUUAGAGGAAUGUUUAAUAAUACUAUGUAUAUUUGAAAGCCAUAAAAAGACCUUCCUUCCUUCCUUUGGAGCUAUUGCUUUCGUCGUCUCCUUCAACCAACCAACCAACCCAAAAUAAAUAAAUAAAAGUCGUCAAAUUCCCAUUGUAGCUUCCUCCAAACUCCUCCCCUCGUUCUCCCCUCUUCGCACGCAAUCCAAUCGCCGGAUUCUGAUUCACCUCUUUCUCCCUCCUUCAACCUCCUUCCUUCUCGUGUUUCAGUUUUGGUGGAAUCAUCAUCUCCGGCGGUUUGGGUGUUGCGUUUUCGACUCUUGGUUUUAAUCGUUGGGGGGAGAGGAUAAAAGUCAUUAACAUGAGUUUCUGACAUUUUCCUCUUAGAGAAAUGGAGGAAGAGUCUAGUUCUUGGAUAAGGAGGGCCAAGUAUUCUCAUACCGUUUGUCAUCGUAUCAUCACCCCUAGAUCAGACUCCCUUCCCAUUACAACCUACCGAGACAACAAGACUUGUUCCGGUUUGAAAAGAAUGCCUCUCAGUUCCCCAUCUGAUCUCAAGUCUCAUGUCGGACCUUCUCAGGCUAAGCAGCAAAACAGAAAGAGGGCUACUUCUCCGUCUCCUCACAUACCCAUCUCUGAUUCUUUUAAAGAAGCAAAGUCUGGUGUCAAGAGAUUCUCAACUCCUCAUCCUAUCAGAGUCGAAGCAACCAACAAGGGCAACUUCUCCCGCAAGAGUUCCUUUGAGAAACUAUCACACGCUCUUCGGCCUCUAUCUUUCUCAGGUCCUUUAAAGGACAGGCCCAAGAGCAGGAAGGAGAUGCGGUCUUCAAAGUCUUUUGAUCAUUCAGGUAAUGAAGUAACUGCUAUGGGUGUGCUCGACGAACACCGCGUUGAUACCUCUCAUCUCACCCGUGGAGACCUGUUUGCGCAUGGCAAGUUUAGCCAGCUUUACCAUGGUGUCUACAAAGGCGAAGCUGUUGCUCUCAAGAUUACCACAGCGCCUGAUGAUUGCGAAGAUAGAUUCUUGGGAGCUCGUUUGGAGAAACAGUUUACCAAGGAAGCCACUCUUUUGUCUCGACUCAGCCAUCCUAAUGUUGUCAAGUUUGUGGGAGUGAAUGUUGGAAACUGUAUCAUCACGGAGUAUUUAGCUAACGGGUCUUUGAGAUCAUAUCUGCACAAGCUGGAGAUCAAAUCCCUUCCUUUGCCACAGCUAGUCAAGUUUGGUCUGGACAUUGCGAGAGGGAUGGAAUACAUUCACUCACAGAAGAUAGUUCACCGGGAUCUUAAGCCGGAGAACGUGUUGAUUGACAAAGACUUCAACUUGAAGGUCGCAGACUUUGGCAUAGCGUGCGACGAGGAGAACUGUGAUAUUUUAGGGGCGGAGACAGGAACGUAUAGGUGGAUGGCACCCGAAGUGUUGAGCAGGAAACCACACGGAGGCAAGUCGGAUGUAUAUAGUUUUGGACUGGUCUUAUGGGAAAUGGCAGCUGGAGCAGUUCCAUUUGAGAAGAUGGGUCCUGUCCAAGCUGCUUUCGCAGUCAUGCACAAGAACACUAGACCGGCCAUACCAAAGAAAUGUCCAGCGCCCAUGAAAGAUCUGAUUGAGCAGUGCUGGUCGGUGCAAACAGACAAGAGACCAGAAUUCUGGCAGAUUGUGAAAGUGUUGGAACACUUUGAAAAGUCACUGAAAAACGAAGGGAGACUGAGUCUUAUGCCGAACCAGAUAUGUCCACAAGCUAAGAAAGGUAAUAAAUACUGGAGCCAUAUCUUCGGGUCAGUCCACCACCACCACCACGGCAGCAGCAACAACAACAACGAUACUCUAUGCCCUGCCACGCCUAAGCCUAGAUUCGCUUGAGACCAGACUCUCGACUCUCAUUUUGUGAAUAUAAAAAAGCGUCAGUGGUUAUGUUUUUUUUUUUUUUUGGUUCAUUUCAUCCACUGUUUCUGUCUGCGUUUGAUUUUGUUAGGACACAACCGUUGAAUCAAUCUUCUUCUUAGAUUGGCUUGGUCUUUUUUUGUUUAAGUCAUCUGUUUUUUUUUCUUUUAAACUUGAAAUUGAUUUAUACAGUGAGAGAUUGUUUCAUGGAUUA